AAUCUCAACCGCGCGCCACCUCCACAACGAUGUCCUCCACCGGAACCGCCACCGCCACCAGAAUAUCCACCACCUCUCUUACAACACAUCUAACCGUCCUCGCUUUCCUCUCCGCCACCACUCUCUACUGCUUCUACAGGUCCCGCCGUCUUCGUCACCUUAAACUCUCCCCAUCUUCCUCAAACCCUAGUCUCUCCUCCGCUACUCGAAAAGGAAAACUCUUCUUCAUUUCUCAAACAGGCACCUCAAAGACUCUAGCUCAACGUCUCGCCAAACUCUUGGCCUCCAAUAACCUUCCAUUUGACCUUGUUGACCCUAACUCAUAUGAACCCGAAGACCUCCAUCAAGAAACCCUAGUUUUGAUUAUCGCAUCCACAUGGGAAGACGGAAAUCCGCCGUCCAACGGCGUUUUCUUGUCGAAUUGGUUGUCGGAGAGUGCCGAGGACUUCAGAGUCGGGUCUCUGUUGCUUAGUAAAUGCAAAUUUGCUGUAUUUGGAGUUGGGAGCAGCGCUUAUGGAGAUAAUUUUAACGCAGUUGCGAGAGGGUUUUCAACGAAAAUGCGCUGUCUUGGCGCAAUGGAGAUUUUGCCUCUCUGUGAAGGGGAUGUUGAUGAGGGUGAGUUAGAUAAGGCCUUUGGUAUUUGGAGUAAAGAAGUGAUUAGGGUUUUGAAAGUAGGCGAGUUGAGUGGAAAUGGGAGUGAUUUAAUCGGAGAAAAUGGCAAUGAGAACGGUUAUGAGAUGAUCAAUGGAUCAGAUUAUGACGAAGAUGAUGAUUAUGAGGAUGAAGAUGAAGAAAAUGGAGCGGAAUCUGAUAUCGUCGAUUUAGAAGAUAUUGCUGGCAAAGCACCUUCAAAGAAAGAUGUGGGAGUGAUUACGAGUAAUGGAAAAAAGAAUGGGGUGAAAGAAAUGGUAACUCCUGUGAUCAGGGCUAGCCUGACAAAGCAGGGUUAUAAGAUCAUUGGUUCACACAGCGGUGUCAAAAUAUGUAGGUGGACUAAAUCGCAACUCAGAGGGCGUGGAGGUUGCUAUAAACACUCUUUUUAUGGAAUCGAGAGUCACAGGUGCAUGGAGGCAACACCAAGUUUGGCAUGUGCAAAUAAAUGUGUUUUCUGUUGGAGACAUCACACGAAUCCUGUUGGAAAAAGUUGGCAGUGGAAGAUGGAUGACCCAUUAUUGAUUGUGAAUUCUGCCAUAGAACAGCAUAAGAAAAUGAUAAAGCAAAUGAAAGGAGUUCCAGGUGUCACAGCAGAGCGCUUAUCAGAAGGCUUGUUACCCAGGCAUUGUGCCUUGUCACUUGUUGGGGAGCCUAUCAUGUACCCUGAGAUCAAUUCACUUAUAGAAGAGCUCCACCAAAGGCGAAUUUCCACCUUUCUUGUGACAAAUGCACAGUUUCCCGAGAAGAUUGUGUCACUAACACCCAUCACACAGUUAUAUGUCAGUGUAGAUGCUGGAACAAAGGACAGCAUGAAGGCAAUUGACAGACCACUCUUCGGGGACUUCUGGGAACGGUUUGUUGAUUCACUGAAAGCUUUGAGGGAUAAGCAACAGCGGACUGUGUAUCGUUUGACACUCGUUAAAGGAUGGAACACAGAGGACGUAGAUGCAUAUUCUAGCCUCUUUGGCAUUGGAAACCCUGAUUUUGUUGAAAUUAAAGGUGUUACCUAUUGUGGAACGUCUGCUACUUCAAAGUUGACUAUGGACAACGUGCCUUGGCAUGCGGAUGUGAAAGCUUUUUCGGAGGCCUUGGCUGAAAAGAGCAAUGGGGAGUAUGAGGUUGCUUGCGAGCACGUGCACUCUUGUUGUGUUCUUCUUGCGAAAGUCGAUAAAUUCAAGAUUGAUGGUCAGUGGCACACAUGGAUUGACUACGAGAAGUUUCAUGACUUGGUGGCUUCGGGAGAACCUUUUGGCAGCAACGAAUACAUGGCCCCUACUCCAUCUUGGGCGGUCUAUGGAGCUAACGAAGGCGGGUUUGAUCCAGAACAGGCUCGGUAUAAGAAAGAAAGGAAUCACAAAUCAAGCCGUUGACAGACAAGAGCAGGUGUGUGAAAAAUUAUCAUCACAACUCAUAUCUGCAUAAAUCUUACCCAAAUUCUCUCAACUGAAUUUGCUUGUAGUUUUUAUAUGAUGAUGGUUUGAAAGCAGCAGAGACUUUAUCACUCCCAGAGUGGUGUUGGUUGAAAUUUUUGUAAAAGCUUAUUUGAAGUUGGAAGGUACAAUUUUGGUAGAGGUUUUAGUUUUGCUUGAAAUAACACUUACAUUUAUACCACCUAUCAAUGUAUCCAGGAUAAUUCUACUUCUGAGAAAAUGAAUGCUAAUAGCAAAUGGCUACAUGAUUAAAUGGAUGAUGACAUUAAUAGGUUCAUUAAUGGUUCACCUCACCUUUAAAAUUUAA